GGGAGGGAGGGAGUGAGUGAGUGAGUGUGAGAGCAGGACGAGGAGGGAGGAGGACACUGUAGGUGUUGGCCUUGGGUAGGCGCAACGAACUGGAAUCUACGCCAUGGUGGCGGAGCAGGGGUAAUAAUAGAAAGGUGAGACGAGGCGAGGAGCGCAUGCUGGUGUGACUUCCGUGCUUCAAGCUGCCGGACGCCAGACGGAUGGGAUGCUGCCCCAAAUCUUGCCUUAGAUAGCCCCGCGAUGGCAUUCGUUUACCCCUCGCCUCGCCUCCCCUCCCCUGCCUCCUCCCCUGGUCUUCCUUCCCUCUGGUGUUGCAUUCAGGUUCAUGCACGCUUCGUCUUUCUUGCCUUUUUGCAUCGAAGAAGAAUAAGCGCGAACAGCCGCGACCGAGUCCUGUUAAACCAACUCUGUUGUCGACGGGUUUCUUGUUCCCUGUUCUUUGUUCUCGUCGGGCUAUCGGUAGCCUCACAGUGCACUGAGUAGUCCUCGGGACGUGCCCUUGGUGUUUAAUUUUACCUCUCUUUUUUAUUUUAUUUUUUUCUCAAAAGAAAAUAUUGAGGGAGGAGAGCAAAGGGUUGAGAGCCGGGCAGUGUGGAGAGAAUUGGUUGGAUUGCGAUGGAUCGGCGGUAUUGAGGAGGAAAAAGUUGCACUAGGAUGAUUUGGUUGAUCGGCAGGGAGUUCAAUUCGGUGGUUGAGAACCGUGGGAGGUGUGUGAGAGAAUUGGCGGUUGCACAGAUUGCAUUGCUGUAGAGGGGGGUGAUUGUUGCGUUGUCCCCGAGAAGUUUUGUUGAGUUUCGGUGGUUAAGGAGUUGGCGGAGGGAAUUGGUAAGGUUGCUGGUGGCCCGAAUGGCACUGAGCACGGGACUUCCUUUGGAGUUCAACGAUGCCGUCGAUUAUUUUAACUACACCAACCAGGAUUACUCGUCGGACUUGACGGACACCGAGAAUGACGAGGAGUACGCUUGCACUCCCAGGGGAUUUCAGCCGAUUCUGCCUCGCUCCUGUAAGCGGACAUAUGGUGUUUUCCUUGAAAGUGAAGUAGUGCCAGAGCGGAGGUUGCGGGGUAGGAUUCACGAGCAGCUUGAGCUACUGGGAGCUGUUAUUCCAAGUUCCUGCUCCGGAGAGAAGUCAUCAAUCUUGGCAGAUGCUUACGAGUAUAUUGAGAAAUUGCAAAGGCAAGUAGAAGAGCUGAACUAUGAGCUUGACAUGGAAUCUUAUCUUGGCGACGACUUGUGUCACUGUGAAGACGAUUGUAGCUGUUGUGAACACAACUUGAGCCCGUCAUCCACAGAGAGGACGGCAGAGUCCAAUGCUGGCUUAGAAUCAAGCUCAGGGAGUGACUGUGGAUGCUCGCAACCAACGGUGGAAAUAGUGAGAACGGAAGAAGGAUUAAAAAUUCACAUCGAGUGUGACAAGAGACCCGGUCUGUUGGUUGAGAUAAUGGAGCUACUGGAGUCGAGAGGAUUGAACGUUGAACAAGCCAGCAUAGCAUGCGUGGAUCAGCUUGUAUUCGAUGGCAUUAGUUCAGAGAUUGAGGGGAACGAUGCUGAGGACAGCAGACACAUGACGCAUGUGAAUGCUGAGGAUGUAGAAGCAAGUUUGAGAUCUUUGAUUGCUGACCAAAGACAAUGUACCUCUCACUAGCAAGCAUGAAGAUAUUCGUAGGGAACCACUGAUUCUACCUUCAAUUUAUUUUUUUCUCUUUUUGCGGCCAUCGUUUCAGAGAAUCGUACACUAUUUGAGCGGCUUGAACUUUUCCAGCCCUGUAGAUUUUGAAUGGAUAGUUUACUGAAGGGAAUGUAAUUAAUUAGCGACGCAUUUUUUACUUUUUUCCUUUUUCUUUUUUCCAAGGAAGUUCUCCACAGUUGCACAAAGUGUACACUUCUUUUGCAUAUUUUUAUCGCCUUGGAAGAACAGUAGAACAGCUUUUACUUACCAAAGUUUAGCUAAGCAUUCAGGAAACCAGCUAAAUGCAUUUGCUGUUCUGACAUUUGUCAUUUUCUUCUGAAGAUUGUACAUCAGCAGUAAUUUUUCUUAUCUCGCUUUUUA